AAAGUCAAAUUACCAAAUUAACGAAUAAACAUUCGGUCGUGUUAAAAUUUGUACAAAAAUAUUACAACGCUAAAUGGUUGGUUGGAGAAAAUUGUCAUUAAUAAAAAAGCGCCAAGAGUAACCAAUAAGGUGGCUUGAAUCAGUGAAUAAUAUCUUGUCUUGAACCAAUACAUGCGCAGUAUUAGUGUUUAAGGAUCCGUAGUUGGGUUGGGAUUCAGCCUCGUGUUCUUGAGUUCACAACGGCCAUAUGCGUCCGAAUUGCUCAAAGUGAUUUAACAAAAAAAUCAAAUGUUAUAAUUGAGCUUUGCUUUUUCAGUGUAAAUUCAUCGUGUAAUAGUAUUUAUUUCUAAUACUAAUUAACUUUUAUUUCUCCACAAACUUCUCCCAGUGAAAUAAUAAAGCAAUUCGCGCGUCGAAACGUGAUCGAUUCUAUUACCACAGUGUGUGUUGGAAAUUCUCUCAAUUUUUUGUUAUGCAUGAUUUUUGCAUAUUGAUGUUUUAAUAAAAUUGUCACGCUAACGGAAUGCUGUUAUUGAAAUAAAAGGUAAAAAAAAUUAUUGUAACGAGACAUUUGCUGAAAAAUAGAUUUAUUUACCGGCUCAUUAAACGACGUUAAGACACGAGAACAUUGGUUAUUGUAAAAAUGGCGUCUGACUCGCAGAAGAAUCGCUUUAUGGUAUUCAAGAACAAAGGCAAGGACCAAGAUGAAAUGCGAAGAAGAAGAAAUGAGGUUACAGUCGAACUUAGAAAAAAUAAACGAGAUGAAACACUUCAGAAGAGAAGAAACGUUCCGGUAACAGAUUCCACAGAUGAAGAUGACAUUGACAAACAAUUGUCAAAAAUGAACCUCGAGGAAUUAGUUAUGAAAGCUGGAAGUGCAGAUCCAGCGGAGCAAUUAUUAGCCGUACAAUCAGCAAGAAAAUUACUUUCUUCAGAUCGUAAUCCACCAAUUGAUCCGUUAAUAGAAAGUGGUAUUCUGCCAAUAUUAGUUCGUUGUUUGGAACAACACGAUAGUCCAUCUUUGCAAUUCGAAGCAGCCUGGGCCCUCACGAAUAUUGCCAGUGGAACAUCUGCUCAAACGCAGGCAGUUGUUGCGGCCGGUGCCGUCCCUCUCUUUUUACAUCUUUUACUCUCGAGUCAACAGAAUGUAUGCGAACAGGCUGUUUGGGCUUUAGGAAAUAUUAUUGGAGAUGGUCCAGUUCCACGAGAUUAUGUGAUCAGUCUUGGUGUUGUACAACCAUUGCUUACGUUUAUUAAGCCAGAUAUACCACUCACUUUCCUUCGCAAUGUCACCUGGGUUAUUGUCAAUUUAUGUCGAAAUAAAGAUCCUCCGCCUCCUGUUCAAACAAUUAAGGACAUACUUCCCGCCCUUAAUAUGUUGAUUCAUCACACGGACAUCAAUAUUCUCGUUGACACGGUUUGGGCGUUAAGUUAUUUGACUGACGGCGGUAAUGAACAAAUACAAUUGGUCAUUGACAGUGGCGUUGUUCCACGAUUAAUUCCACUUUUGUCACACAAGGAAGUCAAAGUGCAAACCGCAGCGCUCAGAGCAGUUGGUAAUAUUGUCACUGGAACUGAUGAGCAAACGCAAGUUGUCCUGAAUUGUGACGCAUUGUCUCAUUUCACAAAUUUGCUGACGCAUCCAAAGGAGAAAAUUUGUAAAGAAGCCGUUUGGUUCUUAUCGAACAUCACCGCCGGAAAUCAAACACAAGUCCAGGCUGUUAUCGAUGCUGGACUCUUACCACACAUCAUUCGCAAUUUGUCCAAGGGAGAAUUCCAAACGCAAAAGGAAGCCGCAUGGGCAAUUAGUAAUUUGACGAUAAGCGGAACCAGGGAACAAGUUUCACGACUCAUUCAAGAAGGAGUGAUUUCGCCUUUCUGUGAUCUCCUUUCGUGUAAAGACACACAAGUCGUGCAAGUUGUACUCGACGGAAUUCAUAAUAUGCUCAAGCUCGCCGGUGCCCAAGUGGAACAAUUGGCCAAUAUGAUUGAAGAAUGUUCUGGACUUGAUAAGAUUGAGGCCCUACAAAAUCACGAGAACGUAGAUAUUUACAAAUUGGCGUACGAUAUUAUUGAGCAAUAUUUCGCAGAAGAGGCGGACGACGUGAACGUUGCACCACAACUAGGAGAAUCAUCAUACCAAUUUGAUGUGCAACCAAAAAUUCCAAACGAAGGAUUCCAAUUCUGAGAGGCUACGUGUUUCCUAUUGGAUUGUGCCGUCCCUUGACAAACUCCAUCACGGAGCCAUUCUGCUUCCCCGAAAAAAAACCCAUACUAUCCUUUUUCCAAUGACUCCCAUCUGAUACGAUCAAAAAAGAAAAAAAAAAGAAGAACCGCGGCGCCGUCGCUAUGCAGUAAUUGAACCAAGAACUUGGAUUUUUAAGGACCAAAGGUAUCAGUGAAACAAGAAGAUAUAAAAACACAAAACUAUCUUCAAUUGUCGUGUUUCGAAUAAAAAAAAAAGAAGAAAAAGAAGAAGAAGAAAGAGCGAGAGAGAGCAAUAAAACAAUAAAAAAAGGAGCGACUAAUCAGAAAAAAAACAGAAAAACUAUUUUGUUUUCUCUUCCAAAGUCUUUUAUACACGACAUAUUUUUAUUUUUUAUUUGUGUAUACAUAUAAAAAGAAACAAGUCUUAACAAGAUGCUGCUGUGAAUGAAGUUUAAAUUAUUUUUCAUUUUUUAAGAUAAUAAAAAAAGCAUUUAUUGUUGUCUAUUUUUUUCCUGCGAAUAUUUUUAAAAUCUGCAAUGCGUACGAAUUGCAGUCCGAACAUAAUUCAAGGCAGCAUUGUUCGACUUGGGAGUCAAAGGAUUCGCGAAGCGAUGUCCUUAAGAAAAUUAAAUUAAAUUAAAAAAAAAAAGAAAAAGAUAAAAUUAUGGAAGUUUCUUAAGUCUACGUUUCGCUACCGUAAGGUGGAUAAUUUACUGUAGUCGAUAUUUGAAUGCCUUUAGAGAAAAGAAAGAAAACUUUUUUUAUUUAAAAAAAAAAACGUAACAUACGAAAGUAAAAACAAAAAAAAAAUUUUAUUUUUUUUUGUGCUUGCACAAGCUGCUCUCUACUCUAAUUCGGAGUCGAGUCUUGGUUCAGAAUGUUACAUUUAUAAACAAUUCGUGUAUAUUUUAGGCAUGUUAAAUUUAUAAUAUUGAUUACUAAAUAAAUCGAUUGACUACUCUAUAGUAGAAUAAUUAAUUAAUAAUAACGAACGUUCUGUAAGAAAGAGCAGCAACAAUAAAAUGUAGCUUACAUUUGACAAUGA